AUGGGCUCCCCCCACGAUAAACUACCUGAUUUGGUUUGCAAAGUGAAAUCCUUGAUUUCUGGGAGAAGCGAGGCUACAAAUUUGUCUAGAGGUUUUUGGAUGCCUGAUCGGAGCUGUAGGAUCUUUGCCUGUUUCUUUUGUUGCAGUCUUGGGAGUGAUGAUGAUGAGGAUGAUUGUUAUGGUAUCUACCGCUCAGGCUUGCAGGCAAGGCAUUUCUCUUAUGUGGAUGAAUAUUGUGGUUCCACAUCUAUUGAUGACUUUGAAGCACAUCAUGGAGGAGACAUUGUUGAUAACCAACUAUCAAGUUGCUUAUCGUUAACAGAGGAUUUUAACACAAAAGGUGCGGAUGGAAUCAACAAUAUUGUAGAACCAUCUGACGCUUAUGGUGAUGAGUGUGAAACUACUCCAUAUGCCACAAAGAACACAGAUAACGAGCCUUUUGAUUUUGAGAACAAUGGGCUACUUUGGCUACCUCCUGAACCAGAAGAUGAAGAGGAUGACAGGGAAACUCUUUUCUUCAAUGAUAAUGAUGAUGAAGAAGAUGAUGGGACUACAGGGGAUUGGGGAUAUUUACGCCCUUCCAAUAGCUUUGGUAGCGGGGAACUAAGGGGUAGGGAGAAAUCAAGUGAGGAUAAUCGGAAGGCUAUGAAAUAUGUAGUGGAAGGGCACUUUAGAGCUUUAGUGUCACAACUCUUACAAGUUGAAAACCUACAUAUUGGCGAGGAUGAUGAUAAAGAAGGUUGGUUGCAUAUAAUAACAACCUUGUCCUGGGAAGUAGCCAGUCAUCUUAAACCAGAUACAAGCAACGGUGGAGGAAUGGAUCCCGGUGGAUAUGUGAAGGUUAAGUGCCUAGCUUGUGGGCGUCGCAGUGAGAGCAUGGCAGUGAAAGGAGUUGUUUGUAAGAAAAAUGUGGCUCAUCGGAGAAUGAUGUCAAAAAUUAGUAAACCUCGUUUUCUAAUCCUUGGUGGCGCUUUGGAGUAUCAGCGAGUUGCUAACCUCUUGUCAAGUGUUGAUACAUUGCUACAGCAGGAAAUGGAUCAUUUGAAGAUGGCAGUUGCAAAGAUUGAAGCUCACCACCCUAAUGUUCUUUUAGUAGAGAAGUCAGUGUCAAGAUGUGCACAAGAAUGUCUUCUCACAAAGGAUAUUUCACUUGUCUUGAACAUUAAGAAACCACUUUUGGACCGUAUUGCUCGUUGCACAGGUGCACAAAUAGUACCUUCAGUUGAUCAUCUCACGUCUGGGCAAGGGGGGAAGAAAUUGACCACUUUGGGACAUUGUGAUUCGUUCCAUGUGGAGAAAUUUUUCGAGGAGCAUGGUAGUGCUGGGCAAGGGGGGAAGAAAUUGACCAAAACUCUUAUGUUUUUUGAAGGUUGCCCCAAGCCUUUUGGUUGUACUAUUUUGCUCAAAGGUGCAAGUGGGGAUGAGUUGAAGAAGGUAAAACAUGUGGUACAAUAUGGAAUUUUUGCAGCAUAUCACUUAGCUGUAGAGACAUCUUUUCUAGCAGACGAGGGUGCAUCAUUGCCAGAGCUCCCUCUGAGGUCUCCAUUAACGGUUGGACUACCCGAUAAGUUAAGUAUAGAUAGGUCCAUAUCAGCUAUACCCGGUUUCACAGUUUCAGGUGGUGAAAAUCCUGCUAGUCCUCAGACUCCAGUUGGACUUGAGAAGUCAGAUACUGGGGCAGGGACCCCAAACAAAAGCGAGAAUGGCCUCGCGUUAGAUACAACGUCAUCAAUUAUUGAUAAAUUUGCUAACAAAAUAGAUGGGGAUUUUAAUUGGAUGUCUGAGAUUCCUUCCCCUAAGAUGUUGUGCCCAAAUUUUGGGUUGAAUGAAAAUGAACCUCAUAUUAGUUUAGUUUCUCCAUCUUCUUUUGGGGAUUAUAUGUGGGAUUUUCACAGUGAUCGGCUCCCAUCACAUCACAUUUCUAGUGGAGCCUAUGGCGUGGAUUCUAGAGAUACUUUACAAGGUGAAGAAGCUGAUGUCAAUAAGCUGGCCCCUGAUAUCUUCUCAGCAUUUUCAAGAUUGCCACAACGAGAUGUUGUCAGUAGCCAUGCCAACAACAACCUUAUGACAACUAAUAGUUAUGCUACUCAAGGGUCCUUUAAGAAAGAUGGUGUUGAUCAGAAUGAGGAUAUUGGAUCUUCCAAAGAGGAUUUUCCUCCAUCACCUUCUGACCACCAAAGUAUACUAGUGUCCUCAUCGACACGAUGUGUUUGGAAGGGAACUGUGUGUCAAAGGGCCCAUCUAUGUCGGAUUAAGUACUAUGGGAGCUUUGACAAGCCUCUUGGACGUUUCUUACGAGAUCAGUUGUUUGAUCAGAACUACCGUUGUCAUUCUUGUGAGAUGCCUUCGGAAGCACACGUUCAUUGUUAUACUCAUCGACAAGGCAGCCUCACCAUAUCAGUUAGGAAACUACCAGAAUUUCUUUUACCUGGGGAAAGAGAUGAAAAGAUAUGGAUGUGGCAUCGGUGUCUUCGAUGUCCUCGGAUUAAUGCCUUCCCUCCUGCUACCCACAGAGUUGUUAUGUCUGACGCUGCCUGGGGCUUGUCUUUUGGUAAGUUUUUAGAACUUAGCUUCUCAAAUCACGCAGCUGCAAGCAGGGUUGCUAGUUGCGGUCACUCUCUUCACAGAGAUUGUCUUCGAUUCUACGGCUUUGGGAGAAUGGUUGCUUGCUUCCGAUAUGCUUCAAUUGAUGUUAACUCGGUUUUUCUUCCACCUUCAAAACUUGUAUUUAACCACGAUAGUCAGGAGUGGAUACGAAUGGAAGAAAAUGAGGUUCGACAAGUGGCAGAACUUCUGUUUACUGAAGUGGGCAUUGCUUUUCAUAAUGUCUUGGAAAAGAGUUCAAAGGCAGGGGUACAUGAUUAUAAUUUUAAGGAAUCAUUAAGACUUUGUGUUUUGGAGUUGGAGCAAGUAUUACAAAAGGAAAAGGAAGAAUUUGAGAAAACAUAUAUGAGGGGAGCUAACGCUGGUCAACUUGUGGCUGAUAUCCUUGACAUUAAUAGGUUAAGGAGGCAGAUACUUGUCCAUUCCUAUGUUUGGGAUCGACGGUUGAUUCAUGCAGCUAGUUUAAGUAUGUGCAUUGCCCAGAAAGGGCAGACGAAUUCUGUGCUGGAAACAAAGGGGAAGCACAUUGGCUCUGUUGAAAAGCUCAAAGAGUUGGACAAUUCAAUGCCUGCUAAAGGCUCUAGUAGUUGUGAUUCCUUCCUUUUAGAAACUAAGCCAGAUAUGAAUCAUGGAAUCAAAGAUCAGAAUAAUAGAGAUGUCGAACUGAAUCAGAUUUCAUCAAUAGAGCAAACGGGUCCCCAUCAACUGGGAAAUCUCAUACGGAGGGUACAUUCUGAAGGUGAGUUUCAUAUUCCAGAAAAUUUGCCUGAUACUUUUGAUGCAGCAUGGACUGGAAAAAACCAUCAUACAACAUUGAAUGGUUGUUCUCUUCCUAAUUUAGCUAGGACAAGUACCGUCACAGCAAAUUCAGACUUCAAAAAUGUUGUCGAUGAUAAUGCUGGAAUAUGUGGAGCUCAUUCUCUUGUUUAUGUACCACCACCAAAUGGCACUCACAAUGAACAUAAGUCAAUAAAUGAAGCAGGGAUGUCAUCUCCAAAUUCAUAUAGCUCAUUUGGUAGCAGUUAUUUGAUUCCUCAAAAUCUUAGUUUGAGCGAGUACAAUCCAAUCUACAUUCCACUUUUGAAGGAAAUGGAACGACAAAGUGGUGCUAGGUUGCUUCUCCCUGCUGGAGUUAAUGGUACAAUUGUGCCUAUAUAUGAUGAUGAGCCUACAAGCAUUGUGGCACAUGCUCUUGUUUCGCCUGAUUACCAUACUCAAAUGUCUGAGCUUGAAAAACCAAAAGAUGCUGGAAGCCCAUUCCCUCUUCUAGAUUCAAUAAGUAUACUCUCUCAGUCAGUUGAUGACUCUCUUUCGGAUACCCUUCGAAGUCUUGGAUCUAUGGAUGAGAGUAUCCUAUCAUUGGCUAGUUAUAGAGGGCCCCAGGUUUUAGACCCACUUUCAUACACCAAGGAUUUACAUGCCAGAGUAUCUUUCAAUGCUGAUGGAUCUCUAGGUAAGGUGAAGUAUAUAGUUACAUGUUACUAUGCCAAGAGGUUCGAGGCUUUGAGGAAGAUCUGUUGCCCUUGUGAUUUAGACUUUGUAAAAUCUCUAAGUCGUUGUAAGAAAUGGGGAGCCCAAGGUGGCAAGAGCAAUGUUUUCUUUGCCAAAACUUUGGAUGAUCGGUUUAUCAUCAAGCAAGUUACGAAGACAGAGCUGGAGUCAUUCAUCAAGUUUGGACCAGCAUAUUUUAAGUACUUGUCACAAUCAAUUAGUACACGAAGUCCAACAUGCUUAGCGAAGAUACUUGGCAUAUACCAGGUCUCAAAGCAGGUCAAAGGAGGAAAAGAAACUAAGUUGGAUAUCCUUGUGAUGGAGAAUCUUCUGUUCAGGCGGGAUGUGACCCGACUCUAUGACCUCAAAGGAUCUUCACGUUCUCGUUAUAAUCCAGAUACAAGUGGGAGCAACAAGGUUAUGCUAGACCAAAACUUGAUUGAAGCAAUGCCAACAUCUCCAAUAUUUGUUGGGAACAAGGCAAAGCGAUUACUCGAAAGAGCUGUGUGGAACGACACUGCCUUUCUCGCAUCAAUUGAUGUAAUGGACUACUCGCUACUGGUUGGGGUCGAUGAAGGAAAACACGAGCUGGUACUCGGAAUUAUCGAUUUCAUGAGGCAGUACACUUGGGAUAAGCAUCUGGAGACUUGGGUAAAAGCCUCUGGAAUCCUUGGUGGGUCGAAGAACACAACACCAACUGUGAUCUCACCUCAGCAGUACAAGAAAAGGUUCAGGAAAGCCAUGACUGCUUAUUUUGUCAUGGUGCCAGAUCAGUGGUCUCCGACAACUAUUAUUCCUAGUGGGUCGCAAUCUGAUGCAUGUGAAGAGAACAUUUCAGGUGGCGGUACGACGGAGGCGCUUCUAUAGAUUGAGGCCAGCUGACCCUCUUUAUAUUUGUUGCUUUGUACAUGUAAAUUUCAAAAUGUCGAUUUUUUUCUUCAUUUGUGGUGGUCUUUUGUAAAAAGGGAAAAAAAGGAGUUGGCGGCGGUCAUAGAAUCUUUCUUUUGUCUUUUAAUCCUUGAUUUUUUAGUUUUCCAAAUCAUAUGAUUCGCCCACUCCAGUUUUGUGAUAAAGUAGAAAUGAAAUGAC